AUGCCCCCACGGGCUCUCCUCAGGGUCAGCGGUGCCCCCCGGGGACCUGCCAGCAGUGGCGGCCCCAAGAGGCAGCUGGACCCUCAGGAGCCCUCUCAGGGGUGCGUCGCCCUUAGGGGCUCUCCCAGGGCUGUCGGUGCCCCGAGGGGCCUUGCCAUGGGUGGCGGCGCACCUAGGGGCCCUGCCAUGGGUGGUGGCGCACCCAGGGGCUUUACCAGGUGCGUCGCCCUUUGGGGCUCUCCCGGGGCUGUCGGUGCCCCGAGGGGCCUUGCCAUGGGUGGCGGCGCACCCAGGAGCCCUGCCAUGGGUGGUGGUGCACCCAGGGGCUUUACCAGGUGCGUCGCCCUUAGGGGCUCUCCCGGGGCUGUCGGUGCCCCGAGGGGCCUUGCCAUGGGUGGCGGCGCACCCAGGAGCCCUGCCAUGGGUGGUGGUGCACCCAGGGGCUUUACCAGGUGCGUCGCCCUUAGGGGCUCUCCCAGGGCUGUCGGUGCCCCGAGGGGCCUUGCCAUGGGUGGCGGCGCACCCAGGGGCCCUGCCAUGGGUGGUGGCGCACCCAGGGGCUUUACCAGGUGCGGUGGCGCCCACAGGGUCUCUCCUAGGGGCACCGGUGCCCCCAGGACACCUCUCAGGUGCGUCGCCGUUAGGGGCUCUCCCAGGGCUGUCGGUGCCCCGAGGGGCCUUGCCAUGGGUGGCGGCGCACCCAGGAGCCCUGCCAUGGGUGAUGGUGCACCCAGGGGCUUUACCAG